AUGGGUGGUUCAUCAAGCUCUUGUUGUUCAUCAAGCUCUAGUGGUAAAUAAAUACAUCUUCCAAUUUCUUAAAAUAGAGUUGUUUAUGUAGGCAUAAUAAAUAGAAAACUAAAAUAUACUUCUGGAAAAGUAGGGUCUCUAUAUCAUUAAGCAAUACUUGCAGUAACUUCUGAUUAUUAGAAAGAUAUAAUUGAUCCUUAAUAGAUGGAGAAAGAUCUGAUUGGAUCUAAGUUUGAAUUUCAUAUUGUUGAAUAUAUGGAUGAUAGCUAAGUACAUGCUUAUAAAGUAGAAAUUAGAGAAAAAUUUUAAUAUUGCGAUUAAGUACAAUCUUUUUAUGAUGGUGAAUAUAUUUGGGAUACAAAAUCAAUGGAUUUUUAUAUCAGAUAAUUGCAUAUCACAAUUCAAUAAAUAAAAGAGAAAAUGUAAAAGCUUGCUGAUCAUGGUGGAAAAUACAAUUUAAAGAGCCACAAUUGUUAACAUGUAGCCUGGAAAAUUUUAAUGUAUAUUAUCAAGUAUACUACCUUUUUCUAUGCUUAAAAGUAUUAGUUCAGUAUUUAUUUUUAUUUAUUAAAUAGAGAAAGAUUAUCAAAAAUUCGCAGCAUUGUAUUUUAAUAAAUUAAUCAAGGACUCUACUUAAAUAUACAGUAUCAUAAAACUUAGAGAAUUAAAAUAAUUAAUUAAAUAAAAUAAGGAUGUUAGUACAUUUAAAUUGUGA